CCGCAAGCAAGAUGACGGGCGUCCGCCUCCAGCUGCUCAAGGUCGUCGACGGUCUCCUUAGCCACCUCGAGCUCAACGAGGACGCCAUCGAGUACCUCCGCGACAAGUACGACCCGCUCACGGUCUUUGCCUUCCUCGGCCCGCAGGGCAGCGGCAAGUCGGCGUUUGUGCAAGAACUCAUCCGCGCCGGGCAGCCCGAGGGCCACGCUGCCGAGGCUAUGGAGCCAACGCCCGAGGACACUGGCGUGUGGAUGUACAUUGAAGAGACUGCGUACGAGCACGCCAAGCACGUGGCGUACUUGGACGUCUACGGCUACGGCGUCAACAAGCACAUUGAUGCACAGCUCUUUGGCCUCACCGCGCUCCUCAGCAGCACGGUGUUUCAUGUAUCGCUCGGCGCGAUCAACGAAAGCGUCUUUGGACAGCUCGGGUUCCUCGAAGGCGCGGUCGACGUCCUUGGCGAGAGCGCGGCCGGGCACCUUCCGCCCUUGCAGUGGGUCGUGCGCGACCUGCCAACGAAAGAGCUCAAGGCCAUUGUCGGAUCGGCCAUCGCCGUCGAUCCAUCGGCCGACAUAGAUCAGCUCUACUUGAACGCCGUGCUGGACGCCAAAUCGAGCCCGUUUCGGCAUUUGCUGCCGUGGCAGAUUCUCACCAACUACUUUCCGAAGCGAUCGUGCACGGUGCUACCUGCCGCGACCAGUCCUGCCUACGAGAAAAAGGCAUCGCGCCUCGGCAAGACACUCGUCGAGAAGAGCCACGUUGCGAGCCUCCACGGCGUGCCGCUCACCGGUUCGAUCCUCGCCAGCGUCGUCGAGCUGCUCGUGGACCAGCACAAGAGCAUUCUGGACGUGCUCCACGGCGCGUGGGACACGAUUCUGCAAGCUGCGGUCCUCGACGUCCUCGAGCUCGCCAUCGGCAUGUACAAGGCCCAUGUGGACGCCCAGCUGCCGUUGGCCAACACAGACGCCGCGUCGGCACAUAUUGCGCUUCCGUGCGACGCCAGUGUCCUUGACGCAUUGCAUGGCGACGCGUGCAUUCGCGCAGCACCGCUCCUCGCACGGGCUGCGAGCAUGGGCGACGAGAGCAUGGCGCUCGCAGCAGACAUGUUCAAGACGCUCUCGAACGACCACAUUGCCAUGUGGCACGCCCGCAACGACGCGCUCUCCAAGUCGCUCUGCCUCAACUUGCUCAUCUCGCUCCACACGGACGUCGAGGCAUCGAUCGCGGCCAAACUGCAUCGCGACGAGAACGACCCGCUGCUCUUUUCGGAUUUCAAAAGCCUUUUUCGCUUUUACAACCUGCAGGUCCAGCACAUGAUUGCGCAGUAUGCGACCGACGCCAAGGGCCCGCAAAAGAUGCCGCAGCUGGCAGCGUUCUACUCGACGCUGCUCCCAAAGUUCAUCUUGUACCUCACGGACCUUGGUGCGCAUCGCAUCGAGUCGGAAACGAUUGCGUCGACGCUCAUGCUGGACCGAAGCAAGGGCGCAUUGCAACAAGCCGUGGACGCCAAGGUCACGGCGAUGGAGUCGAUCAAGGCCACGCAGGCCCACGUGCAAGCCGGCCUCGUCGUCAACGCUCGCUUAGAAAAGCGUCUCCGGGACGUGCUGGACGAUGCGUUGGAAGGCGUCUCGCUCCUCUACGACGCCGCCAAGCUCCAAGGCGAGACCCUCGAGCGCGAAGCGUUUGUCAAUGUGGAGCGCACGGCCGAGCGUGUGCUCGAAGUGACGCAGAAAACGCAGUCGGUCGACGACGAACUCCUCGAAGGCUACCUCAUCAAGCAGGGCGGCGGCGGCGUCUUUGGCCGGAAGAACUGGAAGCAGCGCUACUUUGUGCUGCACCGAUCGCUCCUCUCGUACGCCAAGACCAAGGACGACUAUGAGCGCGGCAAGAUCCUCAAGGAGCUCUCGAUUCUUGGCUGCGACGUGCGCGAGUCCCAGGACGCGGGCGAAGGCUUUGAGAUUUGGCCGCCGCUCGGCGGCCAAGGCACGGUCUACGACUACAAGCAAGGCAUGUUUGCCUCCGAGUCGACCAACGCGCGGCGCAAGGUCGAUGCGGACUCGGACCGCAAGUUUUAUUUACGCGCGUCGUCGGUCGAGGUCAAGGAGCUCUGGGUCGGCCGCCUCCGCCAAGCCGCCCAGCAACCGCUCCUGCAUUAAUGACGUGAUCGAUUCCAUCGUGGCUUGUACAUAGUAUGUACGUGUAACAACUACAACAUUGCAUGUGUGGCAUCA